AUGUCAGGAUCCUCCUUCACCAACGGGGCUGGCCCCGAUACUGGCUUCAACUUCGACCCGAAUCUUGACCUCGACUUCAGCGGUUUCGAUGACUUCAUGGCCACAGGCGAUGCCAGCGUCUUUCCAACAGACACGACCUCCACGCCUAUGGACAUUUCUCAAGACAUGAGCACAUUCUUCCCACCGCCAACAUCAAGCCAUGCACCGAGCAUGUCAGGGUUUGCGCCUAUGCCAACGGCGGCUCCUAUGCCGUACUAUUUGACAUCAACCGCACCUCCUAUGAUGCCAGCCGCCGUUCCUCCACCAAUUCCAGGCUUCGCUGGCCCAUUCUGGGACCCACGCACUUCUGGCUGGACCUUUAUGCCUUUGGCGCCUUCUGGUCCAGCGACAUUCGCGCUUUCGCCACAAGUGGCCGACAGGAGUACGCAGGCCAAGCACAAACGUAAGCUAUCUCCUGACUUGUCGUCCUUAUCAUCUGAGAGUGAUGAAGAGCCAAAACAACGAAGACGUAAGCUAAACAAGCGCCAGCGAUCUCGUGCUGCGCGCACUGCCAAGUCUCCCAGUCCGAUGGAGGUAGAGGAGAUCUUUUCCAGCGAAGAUGAACCAGCACAGACGAAGGGCAAAGACCGCAACGACUUGAAACGUAAACGCAACGCUUCUGCCGGCAAGAGACCCAGCAUCGCGCAGACAUGCGUCUGCGGGUCCGCUAAGGCGAAGAUCCCACGACCUCGAAACAUGUUCAUCCUCUGGCGGACGCAGAACCUCAAGCGUAUCCAGCGCGAGCUCGACUCAACAUCGCAAAUCACCGCCUCGAGACUUGCGGGAGAGCAGUGGAAGAAGCUGCCUCAGAGUGAGCGCGAUCAUUAUAGGCGUCUUGCUGAUGCCGAGGCGGCGAACCAUGCCCGUAUGUAUCCGGGCUACAAGUUCAUGCCAAAGAGCAAGAUCGGUGGACUGGAGGACAAUAAAUUUGGCACUGCUUCAUGCACGUGCGGAGCUUAUGUUACCAACGUGCGCAAGUCUAGGGCUGCGGGUGUGGAGCUCGAUGCUAAUGUGCCGGAUGCAGAUGUGCUGCCGCAAACUCAGACUCAGGCGCCGCAAGCAAAUAUGAUGCCUUACGCUGUCUACCAGCCACCGUCUACCAUGGCUAUGGCACCGACGAACGCUUUUGGCCUCGCGCUUCCCGGCCAACGACGCUCGCCUCGCAACCAGUCAACGACUAUCCUGCCUACGAAUGAGACGGGUGACAUGGACAUCGAAGCUCAAGGCAAACGCCGCCCAAGCGCCAUCCUCACGCCCACCAACUCCCCACCAGCACUGAACACCCGUUCCCGCAGUAUCUCGCAAGAGCCAGAGACGCAAGGCCUUCCCACCGUAGAUUCAGAGGGUACGAAUGGCUGGCCUGCGGACCUUGAAGAACCCGAUUGGGACGAGAUGUUCGGUGGAGAUUUUGACUUCAACCAAUUCAGUAGUGGUCAAGCUGGAAGUGGCAAGUCGUCACGAAAAUCCAGCGGCCAAGUCCACAGGAGGAGUGCUAGAAAUUCAUCUAAAGGACGCGGGUCGUCUGAUGGGAACACUUCGAGGAGUAGUAGUAGACGGUCUCCUAGGCACUCUAAGGAGAUGUGA